AAUAAAAUAAAAUAAAAAUAAAUAGACAACAAAAAUCCAUAAGAAAAUCUAGUUUACAAUGCAAGAGGUGUGCAGCACAUUGGACACCAACCCGAUGGGCGCUCAGAUCAAAUCCGAGUCGCCCCUGAAUCCCCUACAGGUGCAAACGGGCCAGACGACGGUGUCAGUGCCAAUUGUGCCCGGAGCAGGCGGCCAAGGACCGCAGGGACCGCCGCCAGCGGUGAUGCUUGUCAACAAAAUGGCACCGAACUGUGAUAAACGAGCCGCCGACACCGCCUACUGGAUGGCCACCGAGGGGGGCUUCAUCAACUCUCAGCCCUCGAUGGCCGAGUUUCUCAAUCACCUGAGUCCGGAGAGCCCGAAAAUUGGCACACCUGUUGGCGUUGGUGUUGGUGUUGGUGUCGGUGUUGGAGGCGGUGUCGGUGGCGGAUAUCCGGUUAAUGUCGGCGGUGUGCCACAGACACCGGAUGGGAUGGACUCGGUGCCCGAGUAUCCCUGGAUGAAGGAGAAGAAGACAUCGCGCAAGAGCAGCAACAACAACAACCAGGGUGAUAGCUCCAUAACUGAAUUCGUUCCAGAAAACGGCCUGCCCCGACGUCUGCGCACCGCGUACACGAACACGCAGCUGCUGGAGCUGGAGAAGGAAUUCCAUUUCAAUAAAUAUUUAUGCCGCCCAAGAAGAAUUGAAAUAGCUGCCAGCCUGGAUCUGACCGAGCGACAGGUCAAAGUUUGGUUUCAAAAUCGUCGCAUGAAGCACAAGAGGCAAACGCUGUCGAAGACCGACGAUGAGGACAACAAGGACAGCCUCAAAGGUGACGAUGAUCAGUCCGAUAGCAAUUCCAAUUCGAAGAAGUCGUGUCAAGGCUGCGAGCUGCCCUCCGACGAUAUACCCGACUCCACGUCCAAUUCCCGAGGACACAACAACAAUACGCCCAGCGCCACGAACAAUAAUCCGAGCGCAGGCAGUCUUACUCCCAAUUCAUCGCUGGAAACAGGCAUUUCGUCCAAUCUGCUGGGCAGCAGCACCGUCUCCGCUUCGAACGUCAUCAGCGCCGACUCCAGCGUAGCGUCCAGCGUUAGCCUGGACGAGGACAUCGAUGAAAGUCCCAUUAAGGUUAAGAAAAAAGACGACGGUCACAGCCAGGUUAUCAAGAAAGAGGCCGUUUCCACCUCAUCGAAGGCGUCGCCAUUUGGCUAUGAUGCGGGCCCUAGUUUGGCCAGUUUUCGCCGUGAUCCAGAUGCCGCCGCCGCCGUCGCUUCCAACACGCCGGCAGUCAAGGCAGGCGGCAAGAAACGAUAUCAGAGCGCCAAUGCAAAUGCCAUUUCAAUUGCCGUUGCCUCUCCGCUGGGCGAGAACAGCGGCGCAUCUGUGCCGACGGCUUAUUUCCCUAACGCUGGAUACUAUGCCAGCCCCAAUCCGAAUGCAAAUACGAAAAAUUUGCCGGCGCCGCAGCAGAUGCCGCAGGACUAUUAUGGCAAAUACGAUAUUGAAUUCGCCGCCUCGCCGCAUCACAACCCGCACAAGCAGCCACAGCAACAGCAGCAGCAGCAACCGCUUCACGGCGAAUAUCUAAGUCCAAAACCAAACAGCAAUGCGGCCAAUGUCAAUUUCCAUCAGAAUAAUCAACAACAACACCAACACGAACAGUUCUACUACAACUAUAACGACACCAAUGGCGGCAGCGCGUACAUGAACCACCAACAACACCAACAGCAGCAUCAUCCCAUUGGUGACUUUGAGGCGCCACCUAUUAACGGACCAAGCAACUUUUAUGAUCCUAAGUCGCAGGCGAGUGGCGCUUACUACGACAACAUGAAUUUCCAACACCAACAUCAGUCGGUGGUCUUUCAACAACAGCCGCAGCAGCAGCARCAACACCCACAGCAAGGCCCUCUUAAUCAGCAGCAACACAUGCACCACAUUGGAGCUGGCGAAACGUACAGCGCGCUUGGCCUGCAAAUGGAGAACUGCGACGGAUACAACAAUUUUGCCGGUGGCUACUAUGACCCAGCUGCGGGUCAGCAACAACCACCAGUUCCGCCCACACACAGCCACCCAGUGCCGCAUCCGCACGCUAAUCCACACCAUCCGCAUCACCAGAUGCAGACACAGGCUCACCCACAUAUACAUGCGCACCACAAUCCAGCAACUGCAGCUGCUGCUGUUCACGUAGUCGGUGCUCCGCCUCUGCCCGCCAAUCAUCUCCACAAUUCAAACACAAAUUUCGGCGGACAACUGCAGGCAUUUGCCAACACUGGCGGCGGCUCAGGGGUUGGUGGUGCAGCCGUCAUCAGCGGGCUAGAGAACUCGAACAGCUCGUCGGACUUUAAUUUUCUGAGCAAUCUGGCGAAUGAUUUUGCUCCAGAGUACUAUCAGUUAAGUUAGUUCUGAUAAUCCGGAUUGUAAAUACUAAACUGCAAUCGAUGUAGUCGAAUUUUUACUUUGUAAUCUCCAAGCUCUCAGCUCUCACUUUGUCGUAGCUCACAUACAUAUCUGUAAAUAUGUUCGUAUGUCUGUGUCAAUGCUAGAUCUAUAUAUGUAUAUGUGUAUGUAAGUAGCUAGAGUGAUAUAUAUAUGGAUAUGCCUAUGUGUAC